AUGGCGAUGUUUAGCGGCUCUGAGCGCUUCUUCUGGAAUGACUCGGAACAGGUUCCGGAAGACCUCCGCCUCCAUGGGAAUUCCUCUGGUGGUUGGGAGGAGGAUACGGAGCGUAACUACUAUGCCAUGCUGUACUCCCUGCUCAUCCUGGCCAUCGUGUUUGGCAACGUGCUGGUGUGUCUGGCUGUGGUGCGGGAGAGGUCCCUACAGACCACCACCAACUACCUAGUGGUGAGCCUGGCUGUAGCUGACCUGCUGGUGGCCUCGCUUGUCAUGCCCUGGGCCGUAUACCUGGAGGUGGUCGGAGGGGCGUGGCUCUUCAGCAGGAUGUACUGUAACAUCUUUGUCACCUUGGAUGUCAUGAUGUGUACCGCCAGCAUUCUCAACCUGUGUGCUAUCAGCAUUGACAGGUACACAGCGGUGGUGAUGCCUGUCCUCUACAACACCACACACAGCUCCAGGAAGCGUGUCUCGGUCAUGAUCGCGACAGUGUGGAUCCUGGCCUUUGCAGUAUCCUGCCCCCUGCUGUUCGGAUUUAACACAUCAGACGACCCGACGGUGUGCUCCAUCUCCAACCCUGACUUUGUGAUCUACUCGUCGGUGGUGUCCUUCUACCUGCCCUUCACUGUCACCCUGCUGGUGUACGUCCGCAUCUACGUCUUCCUCAGGAAAAGGAGGAAGAGGAUCGCCUUCCGCCAGGUCAGAAGUGGAAAGGUCCAGCCAGGCUCGGCCCUGCCCUCAGUGGAGACGUGUCUGCAGGAGGAAAUUCCCAAGGAGAAGAGAGACCUGUCUCCCAUCAGGAUCAAAGUGGAGAGUGUGGAGCCGUCAGUGCCCCCUAAAACUCGCCUCCUGUCGGGGUGCCUGAGGCGUAAGCGUACCCGCACGGCCCCUGUGGAGAACACUCUGCUGCCCCCAGUGGACAUCCAGAACUACUGCAGCAUCAGCCACGCCUCCUGCGGCCACACCGAGCACGAGCAGGACCGCGCCAAAGAAGAGGAGUUGGCCAAAGAGAGAGCGCGUAGACCCGUGAGGAGGAGCUGUGAGGUCAAGGAGUUGUCCAAUGGACGCAUUCACACGGCCCUCCGCCCCGCCCCCUGCUCCCAGUCCCUGGCCGGCCAACAACAACAACAACAUGGAAUCAGGAGUAUGCAGAACAGGGAGAAGAAGGCUACGCAGAUGCUGGCCAUUGUUCUUGGAGUGUUCCUGAUCUGCUGGCUGCCGUUCUUCGUGACUCACAUCCUGAACACCCACUGCAGGACGUGUCGUAUUCCCCCGGAGCUCUACAGCGCCUUCACCUGGCUGGGCUACGUCAACAGCGCCCUUAACCCUGUCAUCUACACCACCUUCAACAUUGAGUUCAGACGCGCCUUCAUCAAGAUCCUCAGCUGCUGA